CGAGCUGGGCUGGCGAGAGAUGCCCCUCAUCUUCCCCUCCUCUGCCUCUCCCAAAGCUUGUCAAUGCCCCAGACAUGAGCCAGCCCAGGCCCCGCUACGUGGUAGACAGAGCUGCAUACUCUCUCACCCUCUUUGAUGAUGAGUUUGAGAAGAAGGAGCGGACGUACCCACUGGGAGAGAAACUUCGCAAUGCCUUCAGAUGUUCUUCAGCCAAGAUCAAAGCUGCAGUGUUUGGGCUGCUUCCCGUGCUCUCCUGGCUCCCCAAGUAUAAGAUCAAAAACUACAUUAUCCCCGAUCUGCUGGGUGGACUCAGUGGUGGAUCCAUCCAGGUCCCACAAGGCAUGGCAUUUGCUCUGCUGGCCAACCUUCCUGCCGUCAACGGUCUCUACUCCUCUUUCUUCCCCCUCCUCACCUACUUCUUCCUGGGGGGUAUCCACCAGAUGGUGCCAGGUACCUUUGCCGUUAUCAGCAUCCUGGUGGGUAACAUCUGUCUGCAGCUGGCCCCAGAGUCCAAAUUCUCGAUCUUCAACAAUGCCACCAACGAGAGCUACGUGGACACAGCGGCCAUGGAGGCCGAAAGGCUGCAUGUGUCAGCAACGCUGGCCUGCCUGACCGCCAUCAUCCAGAUGGGCCUGGGCUUCAUGCAGUUUGGCUUUGUGGCCAUCUACCUCUCGGAGUCCUUCAUCCGGGGCUUCAUGACAGCAGCCGGCCUGCAGAUCCUGAUCUCAGUGCUCAAGUACAUCUUUGGACUGACCAUUCCUUCCUACGCAGGCCCGGGGUCCAUUGUCUUUACCUUCAUUGACAUUUGCAAAAACCUCCCCCAAACCAACAUCGCCUCGCUCAUCUUUGCCAUCAUCAGUGGCAUCUUACUGGUGCUGGUGAAGGAACUCAACGCUCGCUACAUGCACAAGAUCCGCUUUCCCAUCCCUACAGAGAUGAUUGUGGUGGUGGUGGCAACAGCUAUCUCUGGGGGCUGUAAGAUGCCUCAAAAGUAUCACAUGCAGAUCGUGGGAGAGAUCCAACAUGGGUUCCCCACUCCGGUGUCGCCUGUGGUUUCACAGUGGAAGGACAUGAUGGGCACUGCCUUCUCACUGGCCAUCGUGGGCUAUGUCAUCAACCUGGCUGUAGGCCGGACCCUGGCCAGCAAGCAUGGCUAUGAUGUGGAUUCUAACCAGGAGAUGAUUGCCCUGGGCUGCAGCAACUUCUUUGGCUCCUUCUUUAAAAUCCACGUCAUUUGCUGUGCUCUCUCUGUCACUCUGGCUGUAGAUGGAGCUGGAGGCAAGUCCCAGGUGGCAAGCCUGUGUGUGUCGCUGGUAGUGAUGAUCACCAUGCUGGUCCUGGGGUCCUAUCUGUACCCUCUCCCCAAGUCUGUGCUAGGAGCCCUGAUAGCCGUCAACCUCAAGAACUCUCUCAAGCAACUCGCUGACCCCUACUACCUGUGGAAGAAGAGCAAGCUGGACUGUUGUGUCUGGGUGGUGAGCUUCCUCUCCUCGUUCUUCCUGAGCCUGCCAUAUGGGGUGGCUGUGGGCGUUGCCUUCUCCGCCCUGGUUGUGGUCUUCCAGACUCAGUUUCGAAAUGGCUAUGCUUUGGCCCAGGUCAUGGACACUGACAUUUAUGUUAAUCCCAAGACCUAUAAUAUGGUCCGGGAAAUCGAGGGGGUUAAGAUUGUCACUUACUGCUCCCCUCUCUACUUUGCCAACUCAGAGAUCUUCAGGCAAAAGAUCAUUGCCAAGACAGGUGUAGACCCUCAGAAAGUACUGCUGGCCAAGCAAAAAUACCUCAGGAAGCAGGAGAAGGGGAAGCUGAUGCCCACACAACAGAGGAAGUCUCUGUUUAUGAAAACCAAGACUGUCUCCCUCCAGGAGCUCCAGCAGGACUUUGAGAACGCCUCCCCGACUGACCCCAACAACAACCAGACUCCUGCUAAUGGCGCCAGCGUGUCCUACAUCACCUUCAGCCCUGACAGCUCCCCAGCUGCGCAUUGUGAGGCACCAGCCUCUGCUGAGACCCCCAGUGAGCCCAGUGAGAUGCUGGCCAGCGUCCCACCCUUUGUCACCUUCCACACCAUCAUCCUUGAUAUGAGUGGGGUCAGCUUUGUGGACUUGAUGGGCAUCAAAGCCCUAGGCAAGCUGAGCUCCACCUACGGCAAGAUCGGUGUGAACGUCUUCUUGGUGAACAUCCACGCCCAGGUGUACAACGACAUCAGCCACGGUGGUGUCUUUGAAGAGGGGUGUCUAGAGCGCAGUCACGUCUUUCCCAGCAUACACGAUGCUGUCCUCUUUGCCCAGGCAAAUGCCAGAGAAGUGACCCCAGGACGUGACUUCCAAGGGGCUCCAUCGGACCCCGAGCUGUCCUUGUAUGAUUUGGAGGAGGACAGCCCCAGCUACUGGGACUUAGAGCAGGAGAUGUUCGGGAGUAUGUUUCACGCAGAGACCCUGACUGCCCUGUGAGGGCCCAGCCAGCCCCGACGCUGCCUUCAGAGUACAUGGCCUCUGGGACCCCCAAGAAGAAUGAGCCUGGGGUCAUGAGGAGUGGCACGUAGAGGAGACCACAUGUCCACCAAGACCUCAGCUCCUCCUUCCCCUCCCUCCCCUACCCUCUUCUCCUUCCUCUGCCUCCCUCCUGGCAUCUCUAGAGCCAGCCAAUCUCAGCAGCAAGGAAAGCCACCUCUUCACCCUCCUGCUGACCCUCAGGGCCCUGGCCAGAAUGAGAAAGCCUACUGCUCACCCCACUGCUCCCACCCAGGCCCUGCCCAAGGCAGCUGAUGGGACCCCCACAGCCCCGACCACUGACUUGAAGAGCGAGCCAAGAACAGAAGGGAAAAGUAUGCCCCUGCUGACCUAGCAUGCCUAGGCCCUUGGGCCUGAACAGCUUGGUGUCAGAUGGUGUCAAGCCAUCACAGGACACAGGGAUGAACUUGCUUAGGACUCUGUGGCUUGCCCCCUCCAGCUUUCCCAACUGUGCAAGAAGCUGUGCACUCCUUGGACCAUGUGCUCCUGACAACCCAGGAGUCUCGGUCUUGAUGACUGUGACUCCUUCCUCCUCAUCUCAAGGCUGCUGGGACCUCCACUGCUAUUCGGCACUUGAGACUCUAGCUUAGGGGGUGGCCAAGGCCCUCAAGGCCACCAGAGCUACCUCCCAGGGGCAGCCCACCAAUGCAGCCGCCCCAGCCUCUGAAACAUGAUCUCUCCCCCUGCCUUCAGGAGCUGCUCCCUCCUACUUGAGACCUGAUAGGAAUCCAAAAAGGACAGGGUGGGUAGGUACCAGAAUCCUCUGGCAACCAAGUAACAGAUGCCAGUUAUUCUGCAUAAAAGCUUUUGGGAAUCCUUCCUUGUACUAGAGACUUGGAAGGGGAGGGGGUGCUAGGGCCAACAGGGGGGAUCUGAGCCCUGCCGAUCCCCUGACUUCAGAAAUGCCUCCCCCACUUAGGAAGACUGCCUUGUGCUUUUUCACUUGGUAAAGAGCCAAUGAUUUUAACUCUCCCUCAUCAGCUUGGGGCCUGAAUCCCUCAGCCCGGCAGGGGAAGAAGCCCCCCGAGGGCCAGCCACAUCUCCUGACUGGGUGCAGAACGUGGCAGAGGGCUGAUUCAGACUGGGGCUUCCUCCAUGAGCUUCCUUAACAAACUCAGGACCUGAAGUCAUCUUCUCCUAGGACAGAUGAGAUGAGGGGUAUAUUCUUCAUGUACAUGAGGGGGUAAUAGAGGAACUCUACUGCUGACUUGAAAAUAAAUAGGUUGUAUGUGCAAGCAUUUGGGGAAAUUUCCAUGGAAGUACACAGAAAACCUUUUGGUCUUCCCCCACUGCUCCUCCCAAGCUCCUUCAAUUCAAUGACCCUGCCCGACAGGUUGGGCUGGCCCAGCCUGAAGAAAAACCAUCCCAAAUCCUAACUUCAGCCUGACCUGUGUUGUGUGUCUGUGUGUUGAGUGAGCCCAUCCGCUAGCAAGUCUUCUUAGAGUUAAAGGAGAGAGUGCUGGCAAAGAGCCAACAGAUUCUUGGCCUACAAGCAUUGCUUCUCUGUGAUUUCAUUAUGCCAUCUGGCUGCCAAUGGAACUCAAAACUUGGAAGGCAGAAGACAAUGUUAUCUGGGAUUCACUGUGCCCAGCACCCAAAGUGCCAAAUUCCAGGAGGACAAGAACUUUAGCCAAUGACAACUCAUCCUCUCCUACUCCACCUCCUCCAAAGCCCAACUCAGGCCCAGGAGGUAGGGCAAGGUCACGGAGCCUCAGACAUCCCAAGGAGAAGUGUCCUUUGAACCAAGUGUCCAGACAGUGGAGGUAAAAUUGGAAACACACGGGGUAGAGGGAGACUUUGAAGAAAACCUCGCUGUUGGAAUAUGUUGAAAAGAACACAAGCAAAUUUAAACAGACCACUCUCUGGACAUGACUGAGGCAGGAAAGGAGGGCAAGGUAGUGAAAUAAUCCAGAAUUUCAAUGCUUUUGAAUGUUCUUAGUGAUACCGACCUGUGACGAUGGGAUCCCCGGGGAAGCCCGGGACUUGAGAUAUUUGUGUAAUUUAUUUAAUUUAAACAGCAUUCUCCUUUUGUUCAUUUUGGUAAU